AUGUGGAACGUUGAUAGUUACAGCGUGUUCUUUGUUGUCAUGGACAUCAUCCUCCUCUCACUUUCAUGUCAAGCUCAUCUGGCUCUUCUAGAAGAGGCCUACUCAUCACCAUUGAGACCAGACUCCUUAUUGUCAUUCGUUGAAGUUGGUACGGGAACUGUUCUGGAUAUCCUCCUUGCAAGUUCGGGGCCAGAUCGAUCUCAACUGCAUUGCCCUACUUGCACUCCGCUGGAAGAAUGUAGUGGUGUUGUUUCCUCAUGCUUGAACUGCUUCCUUGCUGGUGGCAUUUUGUAUUGUUUCCGGUAUGCAGUCAGCCCUGCUUUCUUCUUUGCAAAAGCACGAGGUGGGACUUGCACUCUCGUAGUCUCCGGUCCGGAUGAUUUAGUGGUUCAUCGAGCAAAAUACUUGCUCGAAAACGGAUUUGGUUGCUAUAAUGUUUUCAAGAACAUCUGUAAGGAUCUUGCAAUCUACUGCAAAAUCGGGCUGCUCAUUUUGGAUCCAUCAACCAUCGGGCACAGUGGACAAGCAAUAUCGAUCAUAGGUGGCCCUCUUGCAGCUGUGUUAUCAACUCCAUUACGCCUUGUUACUACAAACAUUUAUGGUAGAUCGAAUAAAAAAAUAGUUAGUCAAGUGAACGAGUUUUGCUCACCUUAA